CUGAAUAAUAGACAUGGCCUAAAAUCUGUGAAAAAUAUCUCGUUUUCUUCUUCUUCUUUCUUUUCUCUCUCAAAUUGAAAUCGGAAUUUUUGGGAUGAAUUGAGGGGGAAUGAGUUGGUGAUCCUUUGAAGAAAGAAGGAUGUUGGAGGAUCAGGUGGCUUACCUCUUGCAGAGGUACCUUGGCAACUACGUCAGGGGACUCAACAAGGAAGCGCUCAAGAUCAGUGUUUGGCAAGGUUCGUUUUCUUAUAAUUACUCUUAUUUUCCUGGAUUUUAGACUUUGAAAUCAAAUUUUUUUUUUGGUUAUGUAUUGAGGAUAAUUGGAGUUUUUUUAAAUCAUUAUUGAAAUGUCUUCAGAACGGAUGAAUUUUCUGUGAUUAAUUCAAAGAGAGGGAGUGAAUGAGUUUAUUGACAUUGGAAUUUUGGAAAAUUUAAUAAGUUGAUGGAUUUAGUUUUUGGUUUCAUUUUGUCUUAUUGCUUCAAAUUCUACACUUAUCAGAUUUUACGGUUGAUUGGAUUGUAGUUAACUUAGUAGUGAGAGUAAAGUGUAAAUGCUUCGUUUCUGAUUGAUGGUUUACUCCUAAAUCUAUAUUGCAGGAGAUGUGGAGCUAACUAAUAUGAAGUUGAAACCGGAGGAACUUAAUGCAUUGAAAUUGCCUGUGAAGGUUAAGGCUGGAUUUCUUGGCUCUGUGAAACUUAAGGUACCUUGGAGUAAGCUUGGUCAGGACCCAGUUGUAGUUCAUCUGGAUUGUAUUUUUUUGUUAGUUGAACCUGCAACGCAAGUGCAAGGGUCCACUAAAGCUGCCAUUCAAGAAGCUAAGAAAAGCCGAGUGCGGGAAAUGGAAAUGAAGCUGGUAGAGAAGGCUCAACAAUUAAAGUCUGAAGUGAAUCAAUCAUGGUUGGGUUCCCUUAUCAACACUAUAGUUGGAAAUUUGAAACUCUCAAUUUCAAAUAUUCAUAUCAGAUACGAGGACAGUGAAAGCAAUCCUGGUCACCCAUUUGCAGCAGGUGUGACCUUGGAGAAACUCUUAGCUGUGACAAUUGAUGACAAUGGGAAUUAGACUUUUAUUACUGGUGGUUCACUAGACCGUAUACAAAAGUCUGUUGAACUUGACCGACUUGCACUUUAUCUGGAUUCUGAUAUAAUCCCAUGGCAUAUUGACAAGCCAUGGGAGGAUUUGCUUCCUUCUGAGUGGGUCCAGGUAGAACCAAUAUUUAGUUUAUUCUUGCAGUU